GAAGCUCCAAAUCGGAGCUGUAACAUCAUCGUUAUGUCUAUUUUCCGCGGCGAGCCUCCACGCUUUUUCUUUCCACUACCUUCUUGACUUUUUGCCUCUCUCCUACACCACCAAACUGUCUUGGACCCUCAUUCUGCAAUUAGCGUUUCCUACUUGACAAUGGCGUUCGUACAGAAAGGCCUCAAGAACAUCCUCCAGAAGAACCCCAACGACGUGGUCAUUCUCUCAGCGCUGCGCACCCCAGUGACGCGGGCGAAGAAGGGAGGUCUGCGCGAUGCCUACGACCACGAGAUGCUCGGCGCGGUCCUCAAAGCCACGGUCCAGAAAUUCCCCAACCUCGACCCCGCGAAAAUAGACGACAUCUGCAUCGGCACGGUGCUCGCAGAGCUCGGCGGCUCAAAAGCCGGCCGCAUGGCCGCAAACCAUGUCGGCAUCCCGACCACGACAUCCUUCAGCACGGUGAACCGGGCCUGCGCAUCAGGCCUGAGCGCCAUCACAAGCAUCGCGAACUCGAUCGCGGUCGGGCAAAUCGACGUGGGCAUCGCAGGCGGCAUGGAGAGCAUGACGCGCAACUACGGCAGCCGCGCGAUCCCAACCGAGCUCUGGCCCGAGAUGAAAGAGUCCCCCGUGAAAGAGGCGCGCGAGUGCAUCAUGAACAUGGGCAUCACGUCCGAGAAUGUCGCGGCCCGGUACGGCGUCAGCCGCGGCGACCAGGACGCCUUCGCCGCCGAGAGCCAGCGGCGCGCGGCGCACGCGCAGAAAGCGGGCUUCUUCGACAAGGAAAUCGUGCCUGUUUCCACACGCUGGAUCGAACCCGAGACGCCCGAGAGCGUCAAGGAGGUCACCGUGACCAAGGACGACGGCAUCCGCCCCACCACGACGCUCGAGAAGCUGAGCGCCAUGAAGCCCGCGUUCAAAAGCGACGGCACGUCGACCGCCGGAAACUCGUCGCAGGUGUCCGACGGCGCCAGCGCGGCGCUCAUGAUGCGCCGCUCCGCCGCGGCGCAGCUCGGGCUCAGCGACCACAUCAUCGGGAAAUGGGCGGGGACGCAGGUCGUUGGCUGCGCGCCGGACGAGAUGGGUGUCGGGCCUGCGUUGGCGAUUCCCGCGCUUCUCGAGUACACUGGUGUGGAGAAGAGCGAGGUAGAUGUGUGGGAGAUCAACGAGGCGUUUGCGAGUCAGGCGCUGCAUUGCAUUCGCACGCUGGGCUUGGAGGGGAAUAUGGAUAAAAUUAAUCCGAAUGGAGGCGCGAUUGCGCUGGGACAUCCGCUUGGGGCGACGAGCGGACGGAUGUUGGCUACCAUGUUGAGCGAGAUGGGGCGCAACGGGCAGCAGGUCGGUGUUAUGAGUAAGUGUAUUGGGACGGGGAUGGGCAUGGCUAGUCUGUUUGUCAGAGAGUAGAGGGAUCAAAGGGAAAGAAAAAAGAAAGCAAGAGAAAGAUGCACCAAGCGAAUAUCAAGACUUUCAUACAUGCGAACCCCGGGGUAUCGUUGUGCACCCGUA